AUGGCUGACGGCCCUGAGUCCAGCCCACUGUGGCUGCUAUUACUUCCUCGUCCACCCUCCGAGAUAUCGCUCAAUGCCUUAAGGGUUGCAUAUGGACAAGGUCUGACUCAAGUUUUGCAAAUGGCAUCCAAUGCCUCGGCCGGAUCAUUCGAUGUGGUUUUGGAUGUUGCCAUUGCUUACGAAGAUGAGCAGAUCUUUCGAUACCCAAAAAUACAGAGGCUUUUGGGACUAAUGUAUAGACUGAUCUGCGUAAUCUGCACGGAGAAUUCCAUUGAUCUACAGUACGAUAACGAUGUUGAUGUUCGUCUGAUCAUCUUCCAUAGAGGCCUGACCAACCAGCAUCAACCCGCUCAUCCCAGGGCUUCUCAACGCCUCCAACCAUUCGGUGAUCUGCAAACUUUGGCAGGAAAUGACCGAGCAUGGCAACGCCUAUGCUCCCUGGAGAGCGAGCCGGCGGAAAGUCUGCUUCAGGACUUCCUCCGCAUAAGGGGAGGGUCCUCAGACGAGACUAUGAGCAGUAACCAGAUUGAAAUUGAGAGGCUUCCAGGAGGCCUUAGCAUUCACCAAAGCUCUCCGCAAAACGCUUUCCAAGAGAUUUCAUCUGGUUGCCAUUGUUCCAUUGCGGUGGGAGGUACCUUUGACCAUCUUCAUGUUGGCCACAAGCUGCUCCUUACAAUGACAGCACUUGUUCUCGAUCCGAGAUCCAUCCGGGGAGCGUGCUUGACGAUUGGAAUCACUGGCGAUGAACUUCUUAAGAACAAAAACUUUAGAGAGGAACUAGAAGACUUCCCAGAGCGUCAGCUUGCCGUCCAGGAGUUUCUGCUUGGAAUAUUGGGGCUUUUCUCGCUUAGCCAUGUACUGGACAAUUUACGGCAUGUCGAGAGCAACUCGCCUCACGGCAGAGAAGUCCAUAACACGCUCAAAUCCGGAUUGAUCAUCAAAUACGUGGAGAUUUUUGAUCCAUGUGGACCCACAAUCACCGACGAAACGAUUACGGCGCUUGUCCUCUCCGCAGAAACUAAGGGCGGAGGGCAAGUGGUAAACGACAAAAGAGGAGAAAAGGGGUGGUCUGCUCUAGAAGUUUUCGAAGUUGAUGUGCUCGAGGCUGGGGAGGCUGAUGGUGACAGCCGGGAUCGCGCAGACGACAAGUUCCAGGGCAAGAUCAGCAGCACAGAUAUCAGACGCAGGAUACACGAGAAAUCUGCCACAAAAUUUGACAGAUCUAGCGGAGACAGCAAGCAAGUCCGAUCAAAUUGA